AUGACGGAAAGUAUUAAACAAACCGUAAAAUGGAAUAAGCACAAGAUUGAAGAAAAAAUUGGAAACGAUCAAUUUAAAAACAAUCAACAAUGGACUGAAAAUUUUUACUUCGUGGUUGCGGCUGACCCUCAAUUUGGUUAUAUUAAGCCACCCCUAGAACGAGACUCUAAAGACUGGAAAAUAGAAAUGGAUAAAGCUAUUUUUGCAAUAGAUAAAAUUAAUAAUUUGUCUCCAAGACCUCAAUUUCUAGUGGUCUGUGGCGAUUUAGUAAAUGAAAUGCCUUGUAAUGAAACUGUGUUAAAUGAAUUACAAGUAAAUGAUUUUAAGAAGGUUUUCUCAAACUUACACCCCUCUAUACCCCUGGUUUGUGUGUGUGGAAAUCAUGAUAUUGGCAAUACCCCAGACGAAAAUUCAGUUAACAAAUAUCGUGAUCAUUUUGGCCAAGAUUAUUUUUCAUUUUGGUGUGGUGGAGUACUGUUUUUAGUGUUAAACUCCCAAUAUUAUAAAAACGGAUCCGAUGUCGAUAAAUUUGCAGCAAAACAAGAUCAAUGGUUAACUGAAAUAUUGAGUAAAUACAAUGGUCAAAGAAUAAUUGUAUUUCAACACAUACCGUGGUUUUUAAGUAAACCGGAUGAGGAAAUUUCCUAUUUCAAUAUUGAAGAAAACAUCAGACAUGAAAUGCUUGAAAAACUGUGUGCAGCUGGUGUGUCUCAUGUUUUCUCUGGUCACUAUCACAGAAACUCAACUGGAUUCUAUAAAAACCUUGAAAUAGUUACUACUUGUGCACUUGGAGCUCCAUUGGGAGAAGAUCCUUCCGGACUAAGAGUAGUGAAAUUGUAUGAAAACAAUGUUAUACAUACAUAUUACCCUCUAGAACAAAUUCCAAGUUCUAUUCAAAAUUAA